UUCGGUCACUUGGCUAGCCUGUGCCUCGUUUCACUGACCUGCAUCAUCGACUGGGGGAGUGUCAUACUAACUUGAAUAUAUUUAAUACUUCAAUGUAUUUUUACAACGUAAAUGAGUUAUAUAGAGCCAUGUCUCCAUCAGUGCCCCUGCAGGAGAUGAUCCGGGCCAUCAGGUCAGCGAGGACGCAGUGUGAGGAGCGCGGUGUCAUCCAGAGGGAGUGUGCAGCUAUCCGGGCACAGUUCAGACAAGCUGACAAUGGGGGGCGAUCGCACAACCUGGCCAAGCUGCUCUAUGUGCACAUGUUGGGCUACCCAGCUCACUUUGGUCAGAUGGAGUGUGUUCGGAUGAUAGCCAGCCCUCGCUACAGCGAAAAGCGUGUGGGAUAUCUUGGAGCCAUGAUGCUGCUCGAUGAGAAGCAGGAUGCCAGCUUGCUCAUCACUAACUCCAUCAAGAAUGACCUUUCUCACAGUAACCAGUAUGUGCAGUCUCUGGCUCUGUGCACGCUGGCCUGCAUGGGUUCAGCUGAGAUGUGCAGAGAUCUGGCACCAGAGAUUGACAGGCUGCUCCGAGCCUCCAACUCCUACAUAAAGAAGAAGGCUGCUCUGUGCGCUGUUCACAUUGUGAGAAAAGUCCAUGAUCUGGGGGAGCUUUUUGCGCCCGCAGCUCGUUCCCUCCUCGCUGAGAAGAACCACGGUGUGUUGCAUGGUGCUGUGGUGCUCAUCAUUGAGCUGUGUGAGCGGAAUCCAGAAACCCUAGAGCGCUUCAGAAAGACAGUGCCAGAUCUGGUUCAGAUCAUGAAAGGUCUGGUCCUUUCAGGUUAUUCUCCAGAACAUGAUGUGGCAGGAAUCAGCGAUCCCUUCCUACAGGUACGCAUCUUGAGGCUGCUGAGAAUCCUUGGUCACAACAACGAAGGCGCCAGUGAUGCUAUGAAUGACCUACUAGCUCAGGUGGCGACCAACACUGACAGCACUAAGACUGUGGGCAACGCCGUGCUGUAUGAGACUGUUCUUACCGUGCUAGACAUCAAGUCGGAGAGCGGCCUCAGGGUUCUGGCUGUGAACAUCCUGGGAAGAUUUCUCCUGAACAACGACAGGAACAUUCGGUACAUUGCCAUGACAUCUCUUCAAAAGAUUGUUGGGACAGACCACAAUGCAGUGCAACGCCACAGGGGAACCAUAGUGGACUGCCUGAAGGACCAGGACGCUUCUGUCAAGCGCCGCGCGUUGGAGCUCUCCUUGGCGCUGGUGUCCGCCUCCAACGUCCGCUCCAUGAUGAAGGAGCUGCUCCUCUUCCUCUCCUCCUGCCCCGCUGAGCUGAAGGCUCAUGCUGCCAGCGGCAUAUUCAACGCCGCAGAGAGGUAUGCACCCUCCCAGCGCUGGCACAUUGACACCAUCCUGCAUGUCCUCACCACGGCGGGGGGUGACGUGAGAGAUGAGACAGUGCCCAACUUGAUCCAGCUCAUCACCAAUGCCUCAGAGCUGCACUGUUACACCGUCCACAAGCUCUACCGAGCCCUGCUUACAGACAUCUCUCAGCAAUCCUUGGUGCAGGUGGCGUGCUGGUGUAUAGGAGAGUAUGGAGACCUGCUGCUGAGAGGAGAGUGUCAGGAGACAGAGGCUGUUCAGGUCACCGAGGACGACGUCCUGGACGCCUUGGAAACGGUUCUGCAGUCCCACAUGUCGUCCCCGGCAACCAGAGGCUUUGCUCUGACUGCCACCAUGAAACUGAGCACCCGCAUCACUGAUAAUGUGGAUCGCAUCAGAAGCAUCGUCAGCAUCUAUGGCAGCUGUAUAGAUGUGGAGCUCCAGCAGAGGGCAGUUGAAUACAAUGCCCUGUUCAAAAAAUAUGACCACAUGAGGGCAGCAGUGCUGGAGAGGAUGCCUGUGAUAGAAAAGAACUCCCCGGGUCAUACCAACGGAGAGUCAACGGGAGAGGCCAUUAAGGACAUCCAACCAGCCAAAGUCAAGCAGGGAGAGCCACUGCUGCCCCCGCAACCUGCUAACCAGGUGUGUGAUCUCUUGGACCUGCUGGGAGGCUCUGAGGAGACUCUGCAGCCCAGCCCAGCAGUAGGCGCUCCAGCACCGGGCCUGCUCAUCAACACAGCCAGCACUGCUGGAGGAGACCUCCUGGAUCUGCUAGGAGUGUUAGAGCCUGCACCCCUCGCACCAGCUCCUACAGUGCCAGUGUAUGAGAAAGACGGUGUGACUUUGACACUAAGUUGUGAGAAACAGUCCGACACAGGCCUGACAGUCACACUAACAGCCUCCAACUCCACCAACUCGGACAUCAGCAGCUUCACCCUGCAGGCCGCAGUGCCCAAGAGUGUCCAGUUACACAUGAAAGCCCCCAGUGGGGACUCUCUUCCUGCAAGAGGCACUGCUAAGGUGACCCAGAUGGUAGUCCUUAACAAUCCAAACAAGGUGAACCUGAAGAUGAGGGUCCGCAUAUCUUACACCAGCCAAGGAUCAGCCUUUCAGGAUACAGUCCAGAUCGACUCCUUCCCUGGACUCGACGCUGCCGGCCAGUGACCUCAGCCAUUCGGUCUAACGGGACUAUGACAAAGUCUGUGGAUGAGUCAGCAGGCAUCGCCCCUCACUGACGGAAGGUUUUUUUCUGUGCUGUCACACCCUGUAUACUACCGUCAAAGCUGCGGUUUCUGAAAUUCCUGAUGUUUCUGGUGUUUUUACAGCUGAAGAACCUCGUGAACUUGCAUAGUUUCCCCCCUCUGGAAUCCAAGUGUAAAUGUGACUGAUGGCAUUAUUUAAUAUGGCACAAGCUUUGGAAAAUGCCCUUAUAUUAUGGAAAUACUAAAAUAUCAGUCGUUAUGGGAUUUUUGCAAUGACAACUCUCCGUAGAAACUUUGUACCAUCCAGGGUUUUUUUUUUUUUUUUUUUUUUUUUUUAAAGCUACUGAAGCUGAUUGUACUUGUUUCACUCCAUAAAUAUGUACUUUCAUGUGGCUCCUGACAGUCAGUACGUGCCACUAGAUCA